AUGCUCAGUCAUUGCAUAAUACUAAUUAUCCUAAGUAUUACUACCUAUGUGAUGGGUCAACAAUAUCGUCCACCACGAAUUCAAAUCAAUCGUUUAUCGUCUGAACCUGUAAUAUCAAAAUGGAAUGACCAAUCUGACUUUUUAUACAAUUAUAAUAGUGCUUAUAUGCCGUUGAAUGAAGACAUAGUUUUAGCUGUUCGUGUUCAAAAUUUGUUACCAACUGAAACAAACAUUUACGAUGUUGCACCAAGUAAAAUUGCUGUUAGUAAAAGUGUGAAUAAUGAUCAAUUAAAAUAUACUUAUAUUCGUGAAGAAGACGUGAUUAUUGAUCCGGCUGAUCAGCCUUAUCAAAUUGCGGGCGCUGAAGAUCCACGAAUUGUAUUAUAUAACAAUACCUAUUAUUUAUUUUAUACCGCUGUUAGUAAAACUGAUACAGGCGAUUGGCUAGCUCAUCUAGCGUUGGCAACCUGUAAUGCUGUGAAUGAUCCAUUGAAGAAGCAAUCGUGGCAAUACCAUGGACCAUUGUUUCCCAACCACUCAUGGAGUAAAAGUGGAGCUUUGUUAAUUCAUAAUCAAACACAUUCGUAUCUUUUCUUUAACGAUUCCAGCAUUGCUAUUGCUGUUUCAAAAGAUUUGAUUCAUUAUGAGCUCACCGGAAAUCUGUUAUUUACUACACGAGAGGAUCGUUUUGAUUCUGAGUUGGUUGAAGCUGGACCUGAACCACAACGUUUAAGUGAUGGAAAUUAUUUGUUUUUGUACAAUUCAGCGCGUCAGACUACCAUACCAAAUCCCAAACCUGGUUGGAGAUUAGAAUACAACUUGGGCUGGGUAAUUUUAGAUGGACAAAAUCCAUUAAAUAUUCUAGCACGUAGCGAUGAACCAAUUUUCUCUCCCGAUAAAGACUGGGAGAAGUGUGAUAAUAGUUCGAGCACGUUCUGGCGCACACGCGGUUUGACACCGCUGGUAGUGUUUGUCGAAGGUUGGAAGAAAAUUGCUAAUGAUCAGUUUUUAAUAUGGUAUCAAGGAUGUGAUACAACCGUGGGUGUAGCAGAACUAAAAGUUGCGUUUGGAAACUGUUUUAUUUUGAAAAUGAGCGUACCAGUUAUGGCAUUUUCUCUUACAUUAUAUCUACUAGCAUUAGGGUAG